AUGGACCGCCAACUCCGCGCCGACAUCAGUCGCCGCCACAUCCAAGACUUCUCCACCGCCAAAGAAACGGAACCCCACUGGGGCUACGCCGACCGCAUCGUGCCCUGCGCCAACGACCCGGGCUCGUGCGCCUACCUCGACGAGGUCUACGGCGCGCACGACCUGGGCAUGAUCUACGUCGGCGUCUUCUGGCUCACCCUCGCCGCCGUCCUCGCCGUCUGGGGCACCUUCCACUGGCGCUCGCGGCGAUCCGACGCCAAGACCCAACGUCCAAGCGCGGCCGUCGACGGCGCCACCGCUCGGUUCAAGCGCGCGGCGCUGGCGUUUACGCGCCGCUACCUGCUUCCCGAGGCGUGUUUCCCGUUUGGCCGCGCGUCCCGGCUGCAAGUCACGAUCCUCGCCCUCCUCACGGGAUACCUGACCAUCUGGACGUUUGUGGGCAUCGGCUACCAGAAAUGGGUCACGCCCGUCGCCAGCUCGCCGGGCUCCUACAACACCAGGACCAGCCUGGGCCCUUGGUCCGACCGCAUCGGCGUCCUCGCCUACGCCCUGACCCCGCUGUCCAUCCUCCUCUCCACGCGCGAGUCGUUUCUCUCCGCGGUGACAGGCGUGCCGUACCAAAACUUCAACUUUCUCCACCGCUGGCUCGGCUACGUCAUCGUCGUGCAGUCCUCGCUACACACCAUUGGCUGGUGCAUCAUCGAGAUACGGCUGUACCAGCCGCAGCCCAUGGUCGCCGAGAUGUGGAUCAAGCAGCUGUACAUGAUUUGGGGCGUCGUCGCCAUGAUCCUCCUGCUGCUCCUCUACGUGCUCAGCCUGCCGCCCGUCAUCCGCCUGACGGGCUACGAGUUCUUCCGCAAGUCCCACUACGCGCUAGCUAUUAUCUACAUUGGCGCUUGCAUCGGUCACUGGGAAAAGCUCCACUGCUUCCUCACCCCAUCCAUCCUCAUCUGGGCCCUCGACCGCCUCGCCCGCGCGAUCCGGACCUUCCUCCUGCACCGAAACCGCGCCGGCGGCCUAUUCAGCAUCACGCCUGCCAAGGGCGAGACCAUCCUCUUCCCCAACGCCGCCGACGGCGACGUCGUCCGCAUCGACUUCGACAUGGUCGCCCCGCCCUGGAAGAUUGGCGAGCACUUCUACCUCUGCUUCCCGAGAGCAGCAUCUGGCAUCGGGCGAGACGAAGCGCAUCGCCGAGAUGUUGUCCAAAAGGUCGCCGGCGCCGGUAGCGCGAGCGACGGGUCCUCGGGCACCGGCAGCAGCAGCAGCGGAGGAACCGGCGCCGACAUCUCCGUGCUCCUGACGGGUCCGUACGGCGAGGACCUCGCGCGCCAACUCACGCCCGCCAGCAACGUCCUGUGCGUCGCCGGCGGUACCGGCAUCACGUACGUCCUCCCUGUUCUCCUGGAGCUCGCGAGGCGCGACUUGUCCGGCCGGAGCGUGGAUCUCGUGUGGGUCGUGCGCCGGAGCAAGGACGUCAAGUGGAUCGAGCCGGAGCUCGCGAUCCUGCGCGCGAAUCCGGGCAUCGCCGUCCGGGUGCUCGUGACGCGCGAGGACGAGGCGCACAACACGGCGGCGAGCCCGUCGAUCGAGAAGAUGAUUGACGAAAAGGAGCAGGCGGCGGGCGUUGAUGAUGUGGGCAAGUCCGCGGCGGGUGCGACGAAAUUGGCUCUGGUGGGCGGUGAGAACGAGCCGCCGGAGAAGCGCCACCGGACCUGGCGCGAGUUCCGUGUCUAA